UGGCGGACGGGCGGGCCGGCCCGCCCUGGUGGAAGUGAGACCAGGGGCGCGGAGGGGACAGCCGCGGACGGGAACAGUGCCUGAAGCAGGUCCACCAUGCCAUUAGUAACGAGGAACAUUGAGCCAAGGCACCUGUGCCGUCAGACGUUGCCUAGCGUUCCGAGCGAGCUGGAAUGCGUGACCAACAUCACCCUGGCAAAUGUCAUUCGACAGCUGGGCAGCCUGAGUAAAUCUGCAGAAGACAUAUUUGGAGAGUUGUUUACUCAAGCCAACACCUUUGCCUCUCGGGUGAGCAUUCUCGUCGAGAGAGUUGACCGCUUGCAAGUCAAAGUCACUCAGCUGGAUCCCAAAGAGGAGGAAGUCUCCUUGCAAGGCAUUAACACCAGGAAGGCCUUCAAAAGCUCCACCACUCAGGACCAGAAGCUCUUUGACAGAGAUUCUCUCCCUGUACCUGUCCUCGAAACCUACAGGACCUGCAAUACCCCUCCACCUCUCAACAUCCUCUCACCUUACAGGGAUGAUGGCAAAGAGGCACUUAAAUUCUACACAGAUCCUUCAUAUUUCUUCGACCUUUGGAAGGAGAAAAUGCUUCAGGACACCAAGGAUAUCAUGAAGGAAAAGCGGAAACAUAGGAAAGAGAAAAAGGAGAAUCCGAACCGAGGAAAUGUGAAUCCGCGGAAAAUCAAAACCCGGAAAGAGGAGUGGGAGAAGCUGAAAAUGGGACAAGAAUUUGUCGAGUCAAAGGACAAACAUGGUCCUGCUGGGUACCCCUCCAACAUGGUGUAUCAGAACGGCAGCAUCGGCUCCAACGAAAGCAUGGAUGGGAACUGCUACCCGCCACCGCCACAGACUGACUCUAUUGUGCCACCACCUCCCUCUUUCCCAGAUGACAGCCUGCCUCCACCCCCGGUGGAAUUUAGCUAUCCUGUAGACAACCAAAGAGGUUCUGGUUCUGGAGGGCCCAAACGAUCCAGCCUGGUUAGCCCAAGCCACCCACCACCAGCUCCUCCGAUCGGAUCGCCCUCCGCAGCCAGGCCGGGCUUUGCUCCCCCUCCAGCUCCUCCUCCACCACCACCACUAAUGGAAAACACCCCCCCUCCACCACCUCCCAUGGGCUUCCCCUCCCCGGGAACCCCCCCGCCACCCUCACCCCCCUCUUUCCCCCCUCACCCUGAGUUUGCUGCCCCUCCACCUCCCCCACCUCCUCCAGCAGUCGACUAUUCCAGUGUUCUCCCAGCUCCGCUGCCGCAGCCGGGCACUGGGAUUGCGCCGCCCCCGCCGCCGCCUCCGCCUCCUCCGGGCCCACCCCCCCUGGCUUCCAGCAGCCUGGAUGGCCCCCACCCCCCCCCUCCACCCUCUGACACCUCCACAUCCAAGCUCAAGUCAUCCUUGCCUGCGGUGAGCGAUGCCAGGAGUGAUCUGCUUUCGGCUAUUCGGCAAGGCUUCCAGCUGCGCAAGGUGGAGGAGCAGCGGGAGCAGGAGAAGCGGGAUGUUGUGGGCAACGACGUGGCCACUAUCCUGUCCCGCCGCAUCGCAGUGGAAUACAGCGACUCCGAGGACGACUCCUCCGAGUUCGAUGAGGACGAAUGGUCGGAUUAGCCACGCUCCCACCCCCUCCUUCCCUUCUCUCCUGGGUUUGCUUCUUACAGAAUCAGGUGGCCAAACCUCACACCACAUCCUUUUCACCCUGUAACCAAAGAUGUGCCAAGGGUUUUCAGACAACCAGCAGCAUAUCUCCCCUCUCUCUCCCCCUCCAGCUUUGGCAGGACUUCGUGCUCUGCCUUUCCAAAAGGUCUCCUCACGGACACUGAGGAUGCGGCGCUGGGAUUUAGCUGGAGGGGGUGUAACGGUUGCUUAUUUAAAAGAGAGCUAAACCUCCAGAUUUUUGAUGCCACCAGGCAGAGCACAUAUAAACCCUCCAUCCUGAGGGAUUUUUAAAGUAAAGAUGGAUGAUCCUGUUGUGGCCAUGUGGCCUUUUGGAUGAAGGACAUUUUCAGCUGGCUUUCUCAGUGCAACAGCAGACAGUUGAUCUGAUGGCUCUUCCUUGCCAGUGAAUACUGGUAGUGCUGCAAGAAAAUGGGCUUUAAAUGUCAGUUCUCUGCUGCAUCCCACUGUCAAAGAAUCAGGUUUUUGGCAAUAGUGCACAAUUCUUUCCCCCCGACCCCUGAGUGUUAAUUCCAGAUCACCCUGUGUGGGGUGCGCUUCCCAGCUCCAAGGCUGCUGAGUGCCUUGGGUGCAGUGUAAGGAGGGACUUUUUUAUUUUAGAAGCUGCCUUUACCUUCCAUAAAUCUCCUGGACUGCUUUGCCAAGAGGAGACUUGCACAGAGGGAUGUAAAACUGGGGCAGGAUGCUUGCUCAGCUUCCCACUCUUGGGAAAGCAGAGCCACUGCCCCACUGAGACACAUCCGUAGUCAGCUCUGAGCAGUGGCCAGGCCUCGCCAGGCUGAUUUUCUCCAAUUCAUGCUGAGAUUGUGUUUUAAAAUUCCAAAUCCAGUGCCUAAGACAGGGAGGUGGGGUGGGGAGGGGUUCUCUGAACACCAGGCACUGUGGUGGUCUUUGGCCUACCAGGGCAGUUUGAGAGGUGCUUUUUUUUAGUGGGGUGACUGUAUUUUUAACACAGGGACUUAAAUGCUGGUAUUGCCUUUGCUUCUUCUCCCUUCCCCCUAGGGAGGGGAGUUUGUGUGCCUAAUAACAUGGUGUGUGUGAACUGAGUUGCCCAUCAGUUACAUCAGACCUAACCUACCCUAAUUUUGUUAUUAUAAUUCAUCCGUUAAUUUUAAGAGAACAUUUUUUCUCCUCACUAACCCUGUGAAUUAAUUCCCAGGCUGCUCACUAUAGAUCCAGUACUGGCAGGGGAAAAUGGGGAAUUUGAACUAGCCGACCUCGGUUUUAUUGCUGUUUUAUGUUACCUUACAUAGAAUAUGAGCAUAUCUUGGAAAUCUAACCCAGAUACCCUAUGUGUAUUUUAAUUUGGACAUGACUCAGUAAGGGUCAUGCAAAAAACAAUUCCAAAGCCUUUUUGAGGUUAUGGGUCCAGCUGUUGUGGGAUGUGUGUCCCACUAAGACCAACUCUCCCAUCUUUUUGCCUUUCCUAAAGUAUUUCACCAGCCUGUGCCUGUCUCUCUUCCCUGCCUCGCCUCCUUUAAUGAUGUUACUGAUACCUGGAACGCUGGGCCCUUCCCGAGGCUGGCUGGAAAUCCUGCUUGGGAGUUGAUUGAUGGCUUCAGCUUGUGCCAUCGAGUUCUUGCUGAUUCCUUGUGUGUUUGUGUGUGUGUAUGUGUUAAUCUUGGCCAGGGCAGAGGUGGCCUGGAGGAUGGGCUCAGGGGUGCAGAUCAAGCUGGGACCCAGUGGGGCCCCGGAGAUUCCCUGGGUGGCAGUGCCAUCGGGUUUUGUUGGCAGGCAGGUUGCAGGGGGUGUGGGCAGCCGGGCAUCCCCAUGGACUGGGAGCAUCUGAGCAGCACAGUGCCAGGUUCUGGAAGAGGGAAAAAACCCCUGGAGUGCAGGUGAGCCGUGGUGCAGUGGAGAGACUUGGAAAUGCAAAGGGAUGGUUGCUGCAAGCUGGGUGAGGGGAUGAGAGAGGCACUGCCUCGUUCUGCUGCUCUUUCUGAGAGCAUCCUCCUCCAGCUGCUCUGAGAGACAGGUUCCCAGGAAAAACAGGCCCUGAGCUAACCUGGGCUGACAGCAGGAUCACACACGGGAGUGAGGAGCCCGCAAAUGCCAAACCUGGCUAAAUUUGAGAUUGCAUUAACUAGACUUAGCCCUUGUUGGGAGAGGGGAGGUGAGUCUUCUGUCACCUGAAAUACCAAGAAGUGCCAUAUUCCCUGAGCCCCGAUGGAUGGUGUGUCAGGCAGGGCCAUGCCUGGAGCACUGGGGACACGUCCCUCACACUGCCUAUUGCACAAGGAUGCUGCUGUGUGGGCAGGGCCGCGGGUGGAGGUGGUUCCUCUGGCCUCCAGGCAGCGGGAGGGACACUGCCUUGUCCCUGCAAGCCUGCUGGAAACACCCUCUGCUCCCAAAUCCCAUCCCAGGGCAGGCAUCAAAACUGCAGGAUCCUAAAGAGAGGGGUUGUGGACAGGUGGGGGAGGUUGGUUGUUGGAAUGUUUUUUUAAAUCUCCUUUGAUCCCUGCUUUUUUUUUUUUUUUUUUUUUUUUUUUUUUUUUUUUUUUUUUUUUUUUUUUUUUUUUUUUUUUUUUUUUUUUUUUUUUUUUUUUCUCACUAAAUCUUUGCUUGCCUUAGCCUAUGUGGGGAUCCCUGAGAAACAGCUGCUCUACAGAGGGACCAUCUCUGAGUAUCCUUGCAAAAUCGCAGAGCUCUGGGCCACCAAAGGAGCUUGAUGUUUUUGAAAGCAGUAGGGGAGGAGGAGAGGUGCCAAAACCAACCUUUGCAAGACAGAGCAGCUGUGCUGGAAGUGCAGGGCUGUCCUACCACCUUUGCCCUCAUGUUGGGGGCUCUCACUCCUUCCUCCCCUUUCGUGGGGCUGGGGUGAACCUCAGGCAUUUCCCGAAGCCCAGGGCACGAACUGUGCUCCCCCCAAGCUGUGCUCCCCCCGAGCAGCCUCCCGCUCCCCCGAGCAGCCAUUCUGCCCAUCCUGGGAGCUGCUGGCUCGGGGCUGCAGGUCCGGGCAGGCACGGCUGCCUUCCCUUCCCUGGUUAAACAUUCUCCCGGUGUCCUCGCCCGCAGUGCUUGGCUGCUGCCGCCGGCAGCCUCUCCCCCGCCGCCCCCCUUCCCCUCGCUGGGAAAGCCUCGUCCUGGCUCCCCGGGCUCAGCCCGGAGCCGCAGCCGGUGACCUUCACCGCUUCUCCUCUCCUUAUCAGAGCCAAAGCACCAGGCCAGCACCGGGGAGGGGACUCCUGGAGGUCCCAGAUGGCUGAGGAAUGGUGCGGAAUGUCAUUUCAGGGAAAGGGUAGAUUGGAUUUUAUAUAUUUUUUUUUUUCAGAACGUGAACUUAUUUAACGUGUUUCUUUUGGAAGUCCCUGCCCUGGAGGGGUUCUGGAACGGAGCUGCCUGGCAGGGCAGAUGAUGCUACCCUGGGCCAGAUUUCACUGCUGUUGGAUUUCGGGGGUGCUUUCUUCUCUUCCUUUUUAAACAAAGCCUUGAAGUGGAAGUGGAUCCGAUGUUUUUAUUACUGUAUUAACAUAAAAAUUAAUUUUAAUUCACUUCAGAAACUAACCCAUUUUUCUUCCUGGUUAGAAUGUCAUAGAAUUAGACAAGCUGUAACCCCUCCUGAAGUGCCUUAUUUUCCUACAUGAUAUAAAUAUAUUUAUAAGAGUAAUUAUUCCACUUAUAUCUUAGGGGUUUAUUGCUGAGCAGGAGAUAAGGUGGGAGUGGAGGGAUGGAAAAUGCCCUCCACAGAUCCAGCCAGGCUGAAGGUCGGAAGGGCAACGUUUGAUGGAUACUCUCAGGGUGCAGGGGGUUCCUCACUUCAGACCAAAGGAGUUUCAGCAGUGAAACUCUGCUUAGAAAGACGAAAAAAGGACGAAAAACCCCAAAUAUGUGAGAAAAAUACUGUAGAUUUUUCAGGAUUUUUUUUUUACCCCUGCAAAAUAAACACUGAUGGCCGGACUCUGCAGGGAGGCAGUGGGUGUGGGGGAUCACAGCCCACCCCUGGUCCAUCCUUGCACAUCCCAGUGCAGACUCCCUGCCUUCUGUAUUCCCGUGUAAUGUCUGUGCUUUCCCCUGUCGGUUGCUGUAUAAGCCAGAUUUCCUGCUGCUUUGUUUUGUUGUUUUUAAUAAUCAGCUCAGUAACCCCUGGAUGAAGAUCCCAACUGCAAAUAUUUUGUAAUGUACGUGUAUAAAAAAAAAAAAAGUAAUAAUUUUUUUGAUUCUUUUUAAAAACUUGAUAAAAUCUUUCUAUCCCGUC